CAAUUAACCUAAAACUAAGCAAUUUAAUGUAAAUACAGUUAAAAAUUGAAAUUAACAAUGUUUCGUAAUUUUCGUCGGUGUGUACUUAAAAAUAAUUACACACAAUAUUUUAUAUCAAAACAAACAUUUUUAACUAAUGAAUAUAAAUGUAUCGAAGCUUGGAAUUCACAAACAUCUUCUCCGCUAUUGACUAAAGUAAAUUUACACGAUUUCUAUAAUAUAUUAGAUCAAAACUAUUCUUCAAAAGGAGUAAUUAGUGCAAUUGAUGUGGAUGUCUUCGCAAAUGCAGUAAAAGAUCCUGCUUAUCUCGAUGAACUUAAAGAUCUUCUGCAUAAACUAAGGCUAUCAGCCGAAACAGGAAAUACAUUGGAAUCUACAAAUCACGCUACUAUAAGGAACUUUAUCGAAUUCGGAAAUUUACAAGAUUUAGUUCAAAUUCUUAAAGAUCCUUUGAAUUUUGGUUUAUUUCUAGACUUUUACACGGCAAACAUAUUAUUAGACAAACUAAUAACUUCCGAAAACUACGAACUCGGAGCCAAUGUAGCUUCUCUUAUUAUGCUACAGGAAGAUUAUUCCAAUGAGAUCACAAAUACUCUUUGUCAAUAUGCUUCUUACAAAUAUUUAUCUGAACAUAAAGUAUCCCCUCAAGAACAGCCACCACAAGAGGAAAAGAAUAAGAAAAUAGAGGAAAUAAAAAUAAGAGUCAAAUUUUUGAGAAAUCCUUAUUUUGAUGACCACUUUGACAUCACAGAUUUACAACUAUUGUCAGGAAAGACUUUAGCUUGGAUAUCGAGAUCAUCAAAUGAUAAUGUCAAUUGUAAUUUGCAGUUGAUUGGAUGGUUGUUCUACAAAAAAUAUGAUGAAAUGUUAUCUUUAUGUGAGAAACUUGUUGCUACAAAAACAUUUAAAGUGUACACUGAAUUAAUAGAUUUUAUAAAAAGGGAAUCUGAACACGCAGAAGAGAACACCAAGAAAUAUUUAGCUAAAACUAUCGAAAUAUUGAGUAAAACUCCUUUAGCAGAUAUAAAAUUAGAAGAAUCUAUUAAAAUUUUGGUAGAAAAUGCAAUAAAUAAAAUACAAAAUAGAGAUAUAUCGGAUCAAAAAGAGUUAUUCAAAAAUUGGGAGAUAAUAAGGCAGCAAAGACUUGAAGAGCAAUCAAAACGUUUAGACAGAGCAAAACGCAUGAAAAUCAUUGAACAAAAGCAAAAAGAAUUACAAGUAGAAGAACAGAAAUUGUGGUUCUUCGAAAAUGAAGAAAAUAUUGACUUACAAAUUGAAGAAAAAGAACAAUUAGAAGAUACAACUACAAAGAAAUCAAACCAAGAAAAAACUGAUGAUGAUUAUAUACCACCUGAAAUAUUACCUAAGAAGAAAUGAGCUCUAGGUCAACAAAGUAAAAUGUUUUGUGUGAAUUAGUAUUUUAUUGUAAAUAUAUAAUGUAUAAUUUAAAAA